CUCAUUAUACAUUACCGAAAAUGGAUGACAUGAAAGAUAAAAGCAUACAUUUUACAGCUGAAAGGCUUACUGAAGAAAUCAAGAAAAUGAGUAGUUACAAAAAUUUCUAUUCGGAGAUACAGAAAAUGGUGUCGUCCACUUGUGUGAAGCAGUCAAAUUUCAAAGAAACAUUACUUGAAGCAAUUAGACAAGCAGGAAUGGAAACAGAAUUACGAAACACUGUCUUUCACUGGAUUAGAUCUCAUAACAAUUAUGACUGUGUGAAUGGCUAUCCAUUGAAGGAACCACUUGCAUACUUACGGAAAGCACAGUUGCAGUGGGAGAAAAGGGUGCACAAAUCCUUGAAUUCAAUGUGCAGUGAACUUGGUGUAGCACUGGCUCGUCUUAGACUAGCAUCUGACAAGGAUGAAUUAAUAGAAAAAUGGACAGAAUUAAGCACAUACGAUAUUGAUUUGAAUCAGUAUCGACCAGUCUAUGCACCUAAGGAUUUUCUUGAAGUGUUGAUGUGGAUUCGUAGUCCUAAUUACCAUACCAUGGACAGUGGUGGCAAUUGGGAUUUUACACAUAUUCCUCUUAAGGUCAAAUCUUUAAAUGAAUUGAGAAUGCUGUACCAAGAAAUAUCCAGAGGUGAGCCUCUACUGGGAGUGAAUCCAUACAUGGGGUCCACAACAAGCAACUUCCCAACACUAGAAGUAGAACGUACAGUGCUUGGUGAGAAAGUGAUAGAAUCAAAUCAUGCUCCAGUGGCACAAGAAUUCUUGAAGAAGGGCUGUCCAAGAGGCUUGAGAGGUCAUAUGUGGGCACAAGUCCUUGGGGCAAGUUUAAAACCAACACAUCAUGAUUAUUUCAAUGAGUUGAAGUACUAUGUACUUCAGUAUGAUCUUCUGGUAGAUAAACUCAUUAUUAAGGAUGUUCAACUGACUGCUUCAAAUGAUGACCAGUAUUUUGUUUAUGAAGAUGUUCUCUAUCAGGUUAUGCUUUGUUUUUCUAGAGAUACUGAGGUACUGUCCAUCUUCCAUCACAGUGCUAGCAAUCCUUUCCAUGCUGUGCUAAAGAACAAGCAGCCAACUAUUGAGAAUACAGUUGUAUUCCCACCCAGUGGCAUCAUUCCUUUCCAUGGAUUUACAAUGUAUGCUACACCUUUCUUGUAUCUGUAUGAUGACCCAGUCGCUGUGUAUCACACCUUCCGGGCUUUCUAUAUGCGCUAUCUGUUUCGACUCCAUGAGGUAUCAUCUCAUCAACAAGGAAUACUUUGUCUGUGCUUGCUGUUUGAGAAGUUAUUACAGCGUCAUGAGUCACAGCUCUGGUUUCAUUUCAAACACAUUAAGAUUCAGCCAGCUCGCGUUGUCUUCAAGUGGUUAAUGCGUGGAUUCUCAGGCUACCUACCUCCAGAACAGCUUCUGUACCUGUGGGAUCUGGUACUUGCUUAUGAUUCUCUUGAAGUUCUGCCAUUGCUAGCUGUUGCUAUUUUAAGUUUUCGAAAGGAUAAUCUGUUACAAGUUGAAACCCUGGCUAAUGUAGAGGCUGUUCUUGCAGAUCUGUCUUCUCUCAAAGUAAUGCCAUUAUUACAGUUGGCAUUGCUUAGAGAUUGAGCUGAGUUAUAUACAGCAGUCCCAGUGUUAAUGGAAUAACAAUUGUCUGUGAAAAAAUAUUUAAGAUUCGUCCAAAUUUUUCUGUACUACAAGAAGAAAGUGGCUAACUGUUAUA